AAAUUAUGUACGUUCACGUUGUGUCGCGUCAAAGCAAAGUUGAAAGGUCAAUAAUGGUGGCAAAGAUGGCAGCUUCCAUAGCUGAGCGUGGGGAAGAUGCGUUUAGAAAAGUGUUCAAGUUUUAUAAGCGGAGGAAGCCGCCUCCAGAUUUCAGUGAGGUUAUUGAUUUCUCGAAAAAAUCCGCAAAUGAGCUGGUUUUCGCAGCUGAAUUGGAUCAUGACAGUCUUGGUGAGGAAGCCGCCUACAGAGCAGGACUUCGACCUGUUAAAGACUGGAGAGCUUUUGGCCUUCAGGGAUACCCAGGGUUCAUGUUUAUCUCCAAUCCUUUCCUACCGGGCUCCCAGCAGUAUUGGGUAAAGCAAUGCCUAAAGACCUACCCACAAAAGCCCAACGUGUGUAAUCUUGACAUGCAUAUGCCACCUACUGAGACAGUGGACAUCUGGGGGAAAAGCAUCGAUAGUUUUCAGAAGAAGGGGACAAGGGACCCCAAGACUCUACUGGAGAAGCUUCGCUGGGUGACGCUGGGCUACCACUACAACUGGGACACCAAGACGUACUCGGCAGAACAGAGGAGUCCCUUCCCCGCAGACCUCCACGCUCUCUCCCGCAGUAUUACGGCAGUCUGUGGGUUUCCCGGCUUCGCUGCCGAGGCUGGCAUCCUCAACUACUACCGCUCCGAUUCUUCACUCGGGAUCCACGUUGACGAGGCUGAACUCGACCACACUUGGCCUCUUCUGUCUUUUAGCUUUGGGCAGACGGCGGUCUUCUUGCUAGGUGGGACUAAGAGGCAAGACCCUCCCACGGCCAUGUUCACGCGUAGCGGCGACGUCAUGGUGAUGUCGGGCCCCAGUCGCCUGCUGUACCAUGCCGUCCCAUGCCUCGUCUCCGCCCCCACUGCCCAGCCCCUGCCACUGUGCUUGGGCCCGCCUCCUGCGGACAGGGCGCCGGCCGAUGGCCUCGUCCAGGCUGUGACCGAGGGUGACUGGGAGGUGUGCUCCAGGUAUCUCCUCACGUCGCGUGUGAACAUGACCAUCAGGCAGGUCCUGGGCCCUGGUCAGACAUUCGAAGCGGCGCACUCCGGUGCUGCGGGACAUGCCAAAUUCCGACGCGGCUACGACGAUGAGAGGUCAGCGGAGGCGACCCCAAACUCUAAGAAGAGCAGGAGUGGAGCAGGUCAUCAGCUCCAUUAGUGACGAUCAUCUCCGAUUCAGUUUUUGGACUUUUAGAGAUGUGUGCUCUGAAAGUUUGCAGUUAUUUAUGUAACCAGAUAAAUCUGUAUAUAUGUGGAUAAAAAUAUAUAUUUAUGAAUAAAUUUUGUGAACAAAGAGAUAUAGUAACAGACCAGGGCAAUAGAGAGCCCAUGGUCAGCGGAAAUGAGUCAGUUCUCAUCAGACUUAACCCAUUCUAUUCGUGCGUAUGCCAGUGCACUGGACACUGCAGUGGUCAGCCAUGUUUGCUGGUUGGCUGUGUAGACGAAACAGAGGUGACCUUUAGAGGAUCGCAGAGGACGUGAUGUGUCAGGAUUGUUCUCGGUGUCACUUGGCCCCCCCGGUACACUGGCAGCCAAAAGCAUUUGGGAGGGUGGCAGGGUUGUCUAGGCAAUGAUGGCUAGACUUCCUGUCAAAGAGGUUACUUCUGAAAAAAUAGUCUGGGUCACUGGCUUCAGGGACUGUUUACCUCUGCCUUCCUUUAGAUUUUCAGCUUUAGGGAUGAUUGAAUGUAAUAGAAAGUUUCCAGAUUCAAGCAGAUUUCUUUCAGAUACUGAGUGAAAUCCAGCUGCAAGAAAUACAAAUAUAACAUUUAGCUGAAAGUGGCUUUUUGAGUGGGCUUUGCAUGACCUUCACAGAACUGCUCUUUCCUUUGUAAAAAACCCCCCCACUUGAGCACUAUUCAUGUACACAUUGUUAGAAAACUGGCCAGUAUGUCACUUCCUCAAAACCAGUGUACGGAUUAAGUGCAUUUCAAGUCCACAUUAUGCAGAAAUAAACCGUCCUGUAACAGCUCUGCUGCACAGUUCGGUUAAGACACCUGCAGUCACCUGCAAGCUUCAGGACUUUCUUGGUGGUGCUGUUUUACUGCCAUGCUUGUAUCACUCUGUCUAAAGUCCUCCCUGGGGCACCCAGCUCUCUGGAACAUUUCCAGAACCUUGCCUAACAUUAUGGGAAGCUUCCCAUAAGAGAGGAAACUUUGUAAGCAUAACAUUAGUGGAGUGUCCUUGUAGCAUUAUGCGUCCUUGAUAAAGUUGUCAAACUGUUAUGGUUAAGGUUUCCGCUCACAAUGUUUUUUAAAUGUUGUUUUAAUAUUGUUUAUAUUGUGGGGGGGUUUUGUUUUACAUUUGUAUUUAUUUAUUUCAUUAAUCAAACUGGUCUCAAUUAAUAUUUCCUAUCCCUAAAGAGAAUGUUAGGGGGAAAAGUUUGAAACAUAAAAUUGUUAACUGUGUAGGGCAUUGACAGUACAGUUAACAACACAAAGAGAGUGUAGAAGUAAAAUCAUGUUGCUAAGAA